AUGAGGCUCCUAGAGAGGAUGCGUCGGGAUAAGCUACAUUCCAUCGAGCCAGCGGAAGAGUCUUGCCGAUCUUGGAAACGUCUCGUAACGGACGCUUUUGAGUCAACCCUCUUUCGCGAUAGCACCGCGUGGUGGACCGGCGCGAACGUCCCUCACAAGAGAGUCGAGCCACUGGUUUAUCUUGGUGGGGUUCAGGCGUGGAGACAAUUGUGUGACCGGUCUCUACAUGACUGGGGGAACUUUAUUGUUUCUAAGAUCGAGGAUGGGUUCGAUUGCCGUGGUUAG